AACGGAAGAUGAAGAUAAUGACCAAGAAGGUAGUGAUGACAAUGACGAUGUUGAUGAUGACUAUGAGGAUGAGACAGGGGGAAAAAUGAGGACGAGGAGAGAGACAAGGGGGAGGAACAAGUGGAUGAAAAAACUAAAUCACAGAAAAGAAAGUAUUUUGAUUUAGAUGGACAACUGAAUGCUGCUGAUACAAGUCUAAGGGCGCUGAAGAGAUUGGCAGGAGCUAAGAUUGGGGAUAUUUCAUCAGACUCAACUGAUGUUAUUCUUUCAAAUGAAUUUUCGAACAAUUAAACAACUGAAGGCAAAGGAAGAUGCGAAGAUUGCUCUGAUGAAACAUGGGCUGUUAAGAAAGGGUUCAGAUGCAAAGUCGGCAACUUUUAAGAUUCCUAGUUCUGAACAGUUGAGUAUCAAAGGAGUGGAUCCCUCCAAACUUGAGGUGAACAUUAGAAGAAAGAUAAGCAAGGAGGAAAAGUUGGCAUUGGUGAAAGCUGGCAGGGAGGAUAGAGGGAAGUACCAAGCCCGAACUGCUGUGAAACAGAAAAAGAAGGGAGGUUUGAGCAAUAGACAAAAGGAGCACAAGAAGGCAAUGCCUCUUGCUGCAAAGAGAGCCAAGGUCUCACGGACCAGGGAAGUGAAAAAGAAACUACAACGCAGCUCUGGUAAACAGUUCCGGGGGAGGAAAGCCUGGAAGUGAGUUCAACUUAGCGUUCCCAGCGUCACAGUAACUAUUUUUCGGCAAUUUUUUCUCGUGAUUUGAUUGAAGACGGUGAGUUACACAAUAGUUGAAAUCCCCAAUCUGGUCCACAUGUAUAUUCAUAUUUCUACUUGUGCACCCUUCCGCUGCUAUGUUAAAAAUUUUUCCAAGUGAGCUUCCUUUCUCUUUAUAGUGGUGGGUGUCAGUUGUAUCUUUUCUUCCCAAAUGCUUCGACUUGCAGUUGGAUGAGUGAAUCAAACAUGUGGUUAAAUUAA